AUGGCGCAGACGCCUGUUGUACCGCCUCGCCCCAGUAGAUCUUCGGGCAAAGAAGCUCCUACUCACCUCAUGCCUCCGGUGCCUCCUCGUCCCGUCAACAAGCGCCUCGAUCGACCCAUUUCGCCCGGCGGCCAUCGCUUUGCACAGUCUCCGCUCACAGCCGGCAUCCCCUCCGUACCUGUUGAUGAUCGAUUCGGCAAGCACUAUGCGCAAAAGGAGCACGCCCAGGACCCCGUUGAGCGGGCUAACAGUGUCGACAUGCCCUCUGUUGGGGAAGAGGGCAUGGAGUAUAGUGCUGUGGCCGCCGAGUUGCAAGAGGAGGAGACUCGACCCCAUCCUCCCGAACAGACUCGACCCCAUCCUCCCGAACAGACUCGAUCUGUAGCCGAGGGCCUGCACCUUCACGCGCCCAAGCCGUCUCUUCCUGCCCAGAGCGCCAAGAAGCAGGUCAUGGCUGUUACGCGUACCGACUCAGACAAGGCCGCUUCCUUUGGAAUUGGCCAGCCUAGCAACAGCGAAGACAGGGCCGUUUCUCGUGGCUCCACGAGAAAGCGUCCUGAGAGUAGCAUCUCGGCUUACAGCGACCUUGGUAAUCACACGGACGACGAGCACGGAAUUCCCGAAAUCGGCCAACGCGUCCCUAUGAACAAGCACCUCGGAGACGUGCAAGCCCCGUCACCGGGUCCUGAAAACUCCAAGAAGCACCACAGCCGAAGGCUAAGCGGCCGUGGCUUGCCUCCCGGCAGUUAUGGUCUCCAUGGCCAUGGAGUUGUGCCUCAGGACAAGCUGGAACAGGCUUAUUAUCAGAAACAUCCUGAGGCACUUGAACGAGAGCAGCACACUCCUCGACACGAACGCCACAACGAUUUUGCAAUGAGCAGUUCUGAUUUGAAUAGACUUGUCAGAGAUACGGCCAAUCAUCAUGCGAAGACCGCCUUGGCCGAGCUUCGUGGCACUCCUACUGAUGAUUGUGCUUUUGAGGCCAGCGAGAAGUAUGCCUCCCGCAUGUCGUCUUCUCGACCUACAUCCGCGGUUUUGGGAGAAGGUCGUGAGUCCAGCUCUUCCUCCCAGCAUGCAACAGCCGCGGAGGACAAUGCCAUCCAUGUCGAUGACGGCAAGAACCCUGAAUUCUAUUCUUAUGGAGGGGGCAAGGUGGAUGAAGAAGCUGAAGACUACACUGCUCCCAUUCUGGCUUCGGAUGAACUGAAGAAGGAUCCCAGCCGUCGUGUACACCAACCUGCCAUUCGUCCGCAUUUGGAACGCCAUGGUAGCUCGCUCGAUGGAGAAGAUCCCCCAAGCCGUCCCCCAAGCCGUCCUCGGGUGCAACGCUAUCAAUCUCAGCAACAGGAGGUCAAACAUACUCCUCUGGAAGAUGUGGAAGAAUACGAUCCCCUCUUCCCGGAAGACGCGAAGGGAGAGACGGCGACCGACAAGCAGGAACUGGCUGAUGAGAAUUGUGAUCGCCGACACUUCCCAAGCAAGGACAUCUGGGAAGAUGCCCCGAAUAGCGUGCACUACACUACUGAAGUGUCAACGCCCGACGUGACCGGGCCAGAGAGACGACGCUCAUCCGCGCAGCUUGGUGAUCGGCCUAUCACGCCAGCGCAAGCCUUCGCUCAGUAUCAAGAAGAGCUGGCGGAGAAGGAAGCCAAUCAGCGUGGCAAUAACUUCUUGCCAUUGCAGGAUCCGAGACCGAGCUGGGUCUCCCAUCAGCCUCACUUGCACACUGAGGCGCGUCCAAGCUCUGGCUUGAGUAGGCGUUUUCCCAGUAGAGACAUUUGGGAGGAUGCCCCCGACAGCCACAUUCACGAAGCCGAGGUUUCUGCCUCGCCAGUUGAGCAAACCAAGCCGGAUAUCCCAGCUGAAACAGCAAAGGAGGCUGAAAUUUCCCCCGAGCGACCUGUAGUUCCCGAGCGACCCAAGGGAAGGCAGAACAGCGCAGAUGAUGCCGUGAAAGCCCGCCCCCCUGUUUCAGACAAGCCUAAGCCUUCUGUUCCUCCUCGAGCAAAUAAGAGCUCGCCUGGGGAGUCCAAGGAUGGUACUGCAUCAAAGCCCAAGCCACCGGUUCCCAGCCGACCUGCCGGUAGCAAGAUUGCGCUUUUGCAAACAGGAUUCAUGAGUGACCUGAACAAACGACUCCAGCUGGGACCACAGGGUGUCAAGAAAGGAGAACCCAAAGAAGAGGAAGCAGUCGACGAUAAGGAAAAGGUGCCUUUGUCAGAUGCACGAAAGGGCCGUGCACGUGGCCCUCAGCGUCGUGCGCCUGCCAAGAGCACAACUGCAGAAACGUCAUCAGAGAUGAAGCCCGCAGCUCCUGUGCUCUCAUUUUCCACGACUCAGACGGUGUGGUCUAUCGAUCCUGAGCACGGGGAGUGUUCGUUCGGCGGCGAGGAAGGCGGGCCUAUCAAGGAGGACACAAAAUCAGAGGCGCUGUCACCUGUUCUGAAGCCAGCCGAGACAUCUACAGUGGAACCAGAUCGUACGAAGGAAGCCUCUGAGCAGUCGGAGCCUACACAGGAGAUUGCUGACUCAGAACGCAUAUCCAAGAUCGAGGAGCCGGAGAUACCGAAUGACGAACGCUCGGAUUUAGAAGGAGACGUAGAACAACGUACAACAGAAGAAAGAAAGAGAGAUCUCACUCUGGCGGCAAAUACUGCUGGUGAGAGUAUUCUCGAAGUCGCGGUUAAGAACGACCAUGAUCAGGUUGAACCUGUAGAGGUCCACGAUGAUGUCCAGUCUUAG